AUGUUUAUCUCAACAUCACCGUCACAGCGUCACCGUCACAGCAUCACCGUCACAGCCUCACCGUCACAGCCUCACCGUCACAGCAUCACCGUCACAGCGUCACCGUCACAGCAUCACCGUCACAGCAUCACCGUUACAGCAUCACCAUCACCGUCACAGCAUCACCGUCACAGCAUCACCGUCACAGCAUCACCGUCACAGCAUCACUGUCACAGCAUCACCGUCACAGCGUCACCGUCACAGCAUCACCGUCACAGCGUCACCGUCACAGCAUCACCGUCACAGCGUCACCGUCACAACCUCACCGUCACAGCAUCACCGUCACAACAUCACCGUCACAGCAUCACCGUCACAGCAUCACCAUCACAACAUCACCGUCACAGCAUCACCGUCACAGCGUCACCGUCACAGCAUCACCGUCACAGCGUCACCGUCACAGCGUCACCGGUACAACAUCACAGCGUCACAGCAUCACCGUCACAGUACAUCAGUCUUCAUUCAUUGCUUUCGGUAAAGUAUCCCCGGUAG